AUGAUCUCAAACUUAUAUUUACUCUUUCUUGUAACUAUAUUUAUUACAGCAAUAACACAUGGGCAUCCUCGUUAUCGUCGACAAUUGAAUCCUUCAAAGAAGAACGUUUUGCCUGUUCAAGAACGAGCAUCUUGGGCAAGCAAUCCAAGUGGUUCUUUUCCGGGCACCUACUAUUAUGGUGUUGGAUCUGAUCCGAAUUAUGGUACAUUUAUAAAACCUCAGAAUCGUCCAGAUGUUGGAAUAAUACCGAUAAGUUAUAAUCCUGAUUCUAGUCUUAGUAGCUAUCUUAUAAAUUCGAAUCGACCAACACCACUUCAACAAUCACUACAACCAUACAUUUACAAUAAUAAUAAUAAUAACGCAUGGCAAAGACCUAAUAACUAUCUUAAUACACCCUACAAUCCAUAUCUGCCCGAAAGUCAAAGAUGGUAUGCCACUGGUGGUAAUUACUGGUACAAUAAAGGACAAUCUCUUAUUCUACAGCCAUGCCUGUCGGUGCUAAGCAUUCUGAUUUUGAUUGUGUGUAAAUAAAAACACAUAGAUUGAUAAUAUAUAUGUAAUGGCAUGUUAUUUAUUUAGAUUAUUGAAAUCUUUUCUUUUUUUUUAUAAUUAUUCUUUAUUUCAUAUUAUAUAAUUGUGCAUAAAUAUAUAAAAUAAAGUUCACAUUUAUUAGAGAAAUUUUUAUUUUUGGUUUUGGUAAAAAUUGAAAUAUAAUAAUCUUUCGUACUACAUAGCACAAUUAAUUUUUGUCGUAUUGUCUGUUCAAAAAAACAAUAACCGCGGUCACUUUUCGAAUAACUUGAGGAUUAGAGCAGCUAGCUAUCUGUAGUUUUUACCAUUUUCUAGAGCAAGGAUUACUCUAUCAAUUUAUCAAUGAGAGCUUGAGAACGUUCGACUUUCUGAUAGUGCACAAAGUAAAUCUUUGAAAGGUUCGAUCGUAGUUUCUUUAAGUUCUAUAAUGACGUAUGUGUUCCAAAGAAACAAAAUAUAAGAUGUAGGGUCCUCUACAAAUCAGUGAAAUGCCGAUCUCUAUAUCUCUUAUGAUAUUCAGCUGAUCUUAAUUUUCUCGAGACUCGUGUUUGCGCCAUUUCUGUUACAAAAUACGUUCGUAUUUGAAAGAUUUUCACUGUCACAAGUUUAUGUUCAAGUGAAAUCAAUAGGAUAUUUGGAAUCGGUAUUAAAAACUGCAUCGAGUAGCAUAGAUUAUAUCAAUUUUUUUGUCCGGAUUCAGCCUCUACUCCCUCUCAGCUCUUUCUUUUGAUAUAAUCUCGUCUAUCGACUUCCCGAUUGAAUUUCGCGGAAAAUGUUUUGUUGAUAUAAUCUAUGUUACUCGAUGUAGUUUUUAAUACUGAUUCCAAAUAUUCUAUUUAUUUUACUUGAACAUAAACUUGUGACAGUGAAAAUCUUUCAAACACGAACGUAUUUUGCAACAGAAAUGGCGCAAACACGAGUCUCGGGAAAAUUAAGAUCAUCUGAAUAUCAUAAGAGAUAUAGAAGUCGAUUUUUCAUUGAUUUGUGAAGGAUCCUAUAUCUUAUAUUUUUUUCCUUGAAAUACAUAGGUCAUCAUAGAACUUAAAGACACUACGAUCGAACCUUUUUAAGAUUUACUUUGUGCACCACUAAAAAGUCAAAUGUUGGAGGGUGCGGGUGUCCCCCAAGAGAAAAAGGCAGAUUUUAGUAUCCAAAAUCUCUUAAAUCUUAUAAAGUCUUUUAAAAUCUUUUGAAAUCUUAAAAUCUCUUAAAAUCGUUGUAAAUCGCUUCAAAAAUGUUUAAUAUGAUCGACAAUAUUUCAAAUAGUAUGUCUCCUUGGCUUAAAGAAAGGCUAUAUGCAAAAAUAAAAUGAGUUUGCUUGUGUAUACGUAUCUAUGUUUGUUUCAAUUACGUGCUCCGGCAUAUAUCCGAGACAUCUGAUUCCCUAUGUAAGAUGAUUGUUUAUAUUUUUAGCUAUACUCUUAGCCAAUCAAAUUCUUUUCCUGUUUUCCUCUCGUUCCAUUACGUCUUUUGUGUUGAAGUUUCAGUGAAACAAAUAUUUUCGCUAUUAGAGUCUUGUUCAGUCAACCUUUACACCUUGAGUACUUCAUGAAACAAAUGUUGGGAAUAUCCAGCAUUCGACCAAACCUCUUUUCUGUUCCAAAUUUCAGUCUUUAACCUGCUUGCUGUGUGUAAGUUUGUUUCGUCGUAUCACUAUUCUCACGCACGAUUUUCAGCCAAGCAAUAUUUUUGAAGCAUAACUUGCAUCCAAUCAGAGUUUUUCUGUUUGAAAGUGAGAAAAGCUCACUUUGCAUGUCUCAUCGACGUUCGGUUUGGUUUGUUGAAGUUGAACAAUAAACUGCUUGCUGCCAUUGAUAUUUUAUAAGCGUUGAUGCAGCGUACUGUAUCUAUUGGUGAUUUUAUAAUAGCCCUAGUAUGUUCAACUUGCAAUCGAGAAUCCUAUUACUGACAAUCCAAUAAUUUUGUGGAGUGAGACACAAUGUUAUUUGGACAGAUUUAAAAAGAUAGAAUGAUGUUUUCAGGAAGUAAACUUUACGACAAUAGCGGCUGACCGUAAGUGCCUCCCAUGAGGGGUACCGACGAACGACUAACAUGCGGUGCAAAAGUCUUUGCACAAAUGUUCGACUCUAUUAGACCAUAUUGCCAACUUCUAAACCAAUCAAAUUUUUUUUUGUUGGAAAGAGCAAUGUCUGAACUACAAAUUUUG